CUAAUAGCGGCUACAGAUCGCUACAUAGGAGACUAGCCAGGAACGUGCUUAGCAGAAAGAUAAUACCAAUCAUACAAUUUCAAAUACAUUGUCUUGUCUGACCUAGCAAAGGUGCGGCAUUCUUCAUAAGUUCUUUUGCUCAAAGCCCCUUCGUCCUUGAAAACGUGCUUGUGGCUACACACUCAAGAAGGUCAUGUCUGAGAUACAAAGUAACAAAGGUAUUGGAGAUGUGACAUUUCUGGUGUUGGAAGCGGAAAACUCCAGGGGAAAACUGUGGCCAUCAAAGAUAGCAUUCCUGUAGCGGGCAUCCCUAUGAUGAACGGAUCUCGGAUACUGGAAGGUUUUAUCCCCGAUAUAGAUGCAACAGUCAUUACUCGUGUACUUGAUCAAGGUGGACGCAUUCUUGGUAAAGCAACAUGCGAGAACCUUUGCUGUAGUGGUGCGAGUUUUACRUCUGCAACUGGACCUGUGCUUAAUCCAGUGGAUCGUACAAGGACGUCUGGAGGUUCAUCUUCUGGUUGUGCAGCUGUGGUAGCCACAGGAGAGGUAGACAUGGCUAUAGGAGGUGAUCAGGGUGGAUCUAUUCGUAUGCCAUCAGCUGCAUGCGGUAUUGUUGGAUUAAAACCAACAUUUGGUCUGGUUCCAUAUACUGGUAUUUCAUCUAUGGAAGCUACACUUGAUCACACUGGACCUAUGGCUAGGACUGUCUAUGAUAUUGCACUACUGCUUGAGGCACUAGCUGGGCGUGAGGACGAAGGCCUAGAUCCGAGACAGCCAAAUGAUUUGAAAGUUCCUGAAUACACUAAACAGCUGACAGGUGACAUCAAGGGUCUUCGUAUUGGUCUCGUCAAGGAGGGUUUUGAUCCCACUUUCGAGCCAGACGUCAAUCAGCUGGUCAAACAAUCAGCAGAAAGACUUGGUGAAGUAGGUGCAGUUGUUGAAGAGGUGUCGAUUCCUUGGCAUCUUGAUGGAAAACACCUUUUUACCGCUAUUUUCAAGGAGGGAGGCAACCGCACUAUGUUCGACUGGUACGGUGCUGGCACAAGUGCUCGUACAUACUACGAUACCCAUGCACAGCAAGCAAUGGCACGUGGAAUGAAAAGCCAUCCUAAUGACCAUUCUUCAAAUGUGAUACUGCUACGUCUUUUUGCCAGGUACCUACAUGAGGAUUACAAUGGAAUCUUUUACAGCAAGUCACAGAAUCUCAGCCGUGAAUUAAGAAAAGCUUACGACGAAGCCUUUGAAAAAUACGACGUCAUUAUCAUGCCAACGAUUCCCAAGAAGGCUCCCAAAUUGCCUCCGCCAAACCCUUCAUUGGCUGAAUACAUAGAAAAGGCAUUUGAAUUGAUCCCUAACACCAGCCCAUUUGACGUGAGUGGACACCCGUCCCUCACCAUCAACGCGGGAUUGUCUGAGGGAUUACCUGUUGGAAUGAUGAUCACUGGGAAAAUGUUUGACGAGUCUACUGUACUGAACGUAGCCUAUGCCUACGAGAAGCUGAGAGAUGGAGUCUAGAUCGACGGAUGAAGCAGGAGUAUCAAACAGGAGUAUCUAUUAGAGAUUUGAACUUUGAUAAUAAUUUUGUCUCUCCGAAAUUCAGGGAGAGACUGGUAACCAAUUCGUAACGUAAAGGAUUGUGGGUCAAUUCGUUCGCCGAGUUUGUCCGCCUUUUUGGUCACAAGAUUGAGACCAUGAUAGACUCUAUCUGGGAGAAUCAAUAUUUUUACCCGACCUAUUUCUGUGGGCCUGAAUUGAGUAACGUGAGAAAGCGCUAUAGUUUUUUGCUCGCUUUACUGAUUUCAGCUUUACAAUCUUUUGCAGUAUGACCUAGUUACCAGUCUCACCAGAUUUCGAAAAGCCGAAUAAUAAAUAACUGUAAAAUCUAAA